AUGCGGUCUGAGCCCUAUCUGGGCGACACACUCCUUAUGGGGGCAACAUACAAGGAAGAGGUGCCCGAGCGAUACGAGGCCGCCGUCGCCAAGGCUCCCUCCGUGCCCAAGGGCACCCGCAGGGACUUUCCCGCGCCCUCCCUGCCCUUCGGCCUGUUUGGUCGCGGCGAUGCGCCCGCCCCGCAGCAGGCGACGCAGGGAACGCCCGCCCCCGCAGGCCCGUCGGCGACUACGCCGCCCGCCGACGCCGAGGCCGAGGGGCCCGACCCCCCGCGCGAGCAGCCUGCGCCGGCGGCCCCCUCCACUCCGUCGCUUCCCCUGGCAGGCAAGGGUGCCGGGCCGCAGUCCCCCCCGGCCCCCAAGCGCGCAGAGCAUGAGGAGUGGAUGCCCGCGUCCCCCGGCAGCGGCCUGAUGGCGUUCGACCAGGGGCCGCAGCAGGGCGGGGGCGCCCAGGCUGUGGACCAGCAGCCGCGGCCGUCGGGGGUGCUGGAGGUGGGGGCCGAUGGCGGCCUGGCAGGCAGGGGCUCCCAGGGGAGUGGGGAUGCGGGGGCCAGUGGCGCGGGCGCGGCGCCGGCCGCCCGCUCCCCCGCAGCCCGGGAGGAGGAUGCGUCUCCGGCCGGCAACUCCUUCUUCUCUUUUGGGGGAGGGCGCAGCCAGCCGGCACCCAAGGCACCCCUGGUCCCCGCCCGCCCCGCCCUCACCGAGGUGCCGGCCGCGACGGCAAAGCUGCAGGGCAUGGACACCACCGCCGGCCCCGCGUCCCAGGCCCAGAAGCAGAGCGCAAAGCGGCGCGGCAUCCUGCCCCUGUGA